CAGCAUGCGGGCGGAAGGGGCGGGGCUCGAUACGGAAGUCUCGGCCAACUCCUGUCACGUGGGAGAAGGUUCUACGCAUUGCUAGCAUUCAGGAGGCAUGGCACUCUGGCGGGCAUACCAGAGGGCCCUGGCUGCACAUCCGUGGAAAGUCCAGGUUCUGACAGCUGGGUCACUGAUGGGCCUAGGUGACAUUAUCUCACAGCAACUGGUGGAGAGGCGGGGUCUCCAGGAACACCAGACAGGCCGGACCCUGACCAUGGUGUCCAUGGGCUGUGGCUUUGUGGGCCCUGUAGUCGGAGGCUGGUAUAGGGUUUUGGACCGCCUUAUCCCCGGCACCACCAAGGUGGACGCACUGAAGAAGAUGUUGUUAGAUCAGGGGGCCUUUGCCCCAUGUUUUCUAGGCUGUUUCCUCCCCCUGGUAGGGGCACUCAAUGGAAUGUCAGCCCAGGACAAUUGGGCCAAACUGAAGCGGGACUACCCUGACGCUCUCAUCACCAACUACUACCUCUGGCCUGCUGUGCAGUUAGCCAACUUCUACCUGGUCCCCCUGCAUUACAGGUUGGCCGUCGUCCAGUGUGUUGCUGUUGUCUGGAACUCCUACCUAUCCUGGAAGGCACAUCAGCUCUAAGCCUGCCUGCUUUCAUGCCUGGCCUCUUGCACUGAUGCACCUUCCCCCUGGAAUGCUUGGACAGUAUCCUCAAAGAGCGUACAUCAGGACUGGAGAGGCGGCCCACCUGUUCAGAGCGCGGACCGCUCUACAGAGGAGCCACGGUUGGUUCCCAGCAGCCACACUGGGUGGCUCACAACCACCUGUGACCCAAGCCCCAGGAGAUCUGAUGUCUUCUUCUGGCCUCUGAAGCAUCUGCACUCACACGCACACCAAUUGCUUACUCACAAUUAAGCAUAAAAUAAAGUCUUUCUUACAAAAAGUC